AUGUCGCUUCUAGACGAUUACGCAGAGUACGAAUCCGCGGCUCGGCGACACAGUGGUGACAUGGCAGGAGUUGUCUCAAGCUCUUACGCCAGCACCCGCCAGGGCGAAUUGGCAACAUCUGGGGCUAAUGCCCUGACCUCAGAUGUCGACGGGUACAUUGCGACCACAUUAGAAACCGAGGAUGUGCCGAUAUUUUCGCUCGACACUGUGCAGUUCCAGGUGCCCAACAAAAUUAUAUCACUGGCCGUGUCCAACGACGUUCUUGUACUCAUAAUCGAGGGCGCAAAGGUAUUGCGCAUCAAGCUGCAAGAGGCGCACAACAUUCUCGAGGCCGACAUACCACUGAAUCCGACAGUCCUGCAGACAUGUAAUGCCUUUUUGGAUCCUACGGGGAGACACUUGCUUUUGUCGACGCCGCAGGGCGAUAGCUUCUACUACUACGAGGGCUGGGAGCAGAUGAAGCCGCUGUCAAAGUUCAAAAACAUGGAAAUCACUGCGGUUGCGUGGAACGGAAUGGCAUGGUCGACGGCCAAAUCUUCAACAGGCACGGUGCUGGUGGGCACGCAUGACGGCAAAAUAUACGAGACAGAGCUGCAGCCGGGCAAUGACACCAAGGCCAAGCGCAGCGAUAUUCCAGUGCGCUGCGUUGCCGAGCUGCCAGUGCGCGAGAGGGUGACAGGGAUAGCCAUGGAGGCAUUUCCUGCGCGGAAAAAGCAGCAUCUUGUCUUGAUUGCGACCGGCACGCGUCUGUACCAGGUUAUUGGUGCGGCAGAUUUGGAGUCGCGCUCCUCGGGCGACAAGUCUGCGGUAUUUGAGGUCAUGCUCAAGGACGGCCUGGCAAUGCCCAACUUUCAGGAAAUACCCGGCAUGCCGGGACCUGGGGCGCUGGGUGUGCACCAUCGAAAUGUACGGGACGGCGCCCGAGUUCAGGUGGUUGCCACGGAUUUUGCCUGGCUCACAUCCAUGGGCGUUUUUUUUGGCGGCCUGACGUUUGCUGGCCAAGAGUCCGGCGAUAGCGUUGUAGAGAACGCGUCGCUGCUUCCAUAUCCUUCUGCACCAUCCGCGCCAUCGGUAGCAAACGAGGACAACUCCAGUGGCGAUGACACUGUCACAGAGCAGCCCGUGUCGCUAGCAGUUACCGAGCAUCACAUCUUGCUGCAGUAUUCUGACUGCAUCCGCGCGCUCAGCAUGCUCAACAGCAAGCUGAUUUUUGAGCAAUUCGUAAACACCAGAGGCGCGUCCGGGGAGCUUUUGCAGGGCCUGACUGUCGACGAGACCAAGCGGACGUGCUGGCUGUUUUCGCCGUCAAACAUUUACGAGCUUGUGGUGACCGACGAGGAUCGCGACGUGUGGGACAUCUACCUCUCCCGUCGCCAGUUUGACGCCGCCCUCAAGCACUGCUACAACGACUCGCAGCGCGACAAAGUGCUGCGAGCCCAGGCAGAGCACCUGUUUGCGUCGGGCAAGUGCUUUGCACGCACAUCGGUGACCUUUGAAGAGGCUGUGUUGCGGUUUGUCGAGAAAAAAGAUAAUCGCGUGCUGAAGAGCUACCUGUUGACCAAGCUGGGCACACUCCGGCGGCAAGACCGCACGCAGAACACGCUGCUGGUGAUGUGGCUAAUUGAAAUAUACCUCAGCAUGCUUGGCGCGGUGGACGCGAAGAUAGCCUCGGUCGGCGCAACCGAUGCCGUGGCGAGAUCGCCAAUGAGCCCGAGCACAGUGGCCAAUUUUGAGCUUGAGAAGGACAUCCUGCUGAAGGAGCUGUAUGCGCUGGUGCUUGAGCACAAGGCGGCAGUGGAUCCGGCCACGACAUACCAACUGGCUGAGAGCCAUGGCCGGCGGGACUUUUGGCUGCACUACGCGUCGCUACGCGGCGACUACGAGAAGGUGGUCGAGUAUUGGAUGGAGAAGGAAGAGCACAUCCGGGUGAUCGAAGUGCUCGGCCACUACGGGACCCCAGACAUGUUUUACAAGUACUCGCCAGCGCUGAUGAGCGCCGAGCCCGCUGCGCUUGUCGAGAUCCUGAUGCGCCAACCCAACUUGACGCCCAACAAGCUGAUUCCGGCGCUUAUGCGCUACGAGGACGGCACAGCUAACACCGUCAACCAGGCGAUCAAAUACUUGCGGUUCUGCAUCCAGAGGCUAAAGUGCCGCAACCUGGUUGUUUACAACUACUACCUCACGCUCCUGGUCAAGGAGUCCACCACAGACAAUGAGUCUGAGCUCAUGUCGUUCCUGACCACGUACGGAAAGGACAUGCUGUACGAUCCUGACUAUGCGCUGCGUAUGUGCAAGCGUUUCGGGCGCAUCCAAAGCUGCGUCCACUUGUACAGCCUCCUCAAGCUGUACGAGGAUGCAGUCGAUCUUGCGCUCAAGCAGGGCGACAUUGAACUUGCACAGAUCCAUGCUGAGCGGCCCGACGAUGACAAGCUGUGCAAGCGGCUGUGGCUUAAAAUUGCGCAGCAUGUUAUCAAAGCUAAGGAGCCGGCAUCAAUGGUCAUGGAGCUAGUGCGGCGGUCGAACCGGCUAGGAGUCGAGGACAUUCUGCCGUUUUUCCCUGAUUUUACACGCGUCGAUGACUUUAAGGACGACAUCUGCGUGGCCCUGGAGGACUACGAGGUGCAGAUCCAAGACCUGAGGGGAGAGAUGGACGAGGCUACUCGGACAGCCGAGGCCAUGCAGCGCGACAUGACGAGUCUGAAGAACCGCUUCGCCAUCCUUAGUGCCGAGGAAACCUGCCAUGUGUGCUCGCAGCCGCUGUGGCUGCGCCAGUUCUAUGUGUUCCCCUGCCAGCACUCGUUCCAUGCCGACUGCCUGACGCGCAGAGUGGUUGGAACGUGCAACCGCGUACAGCGCAGACGCAUUCAUGAGCUGCAGAACCAGAGUGUCGAGAUUACAAAGCAGCGGAGGCAUCUGCGCCUGACGCCGCUGGUCGGGAAAACCAAAACCGGCGUCAAGGAGACGGACGAGCAGCUCGAGCAGCAGCUGAGGAAGACCAAGCAGCAGAUGGAUGCACUGGUGGCUGGCGAGUGCGUGCUUUGCGGAGAGGCCAUGAUCAAGUCCAUAGCCGACCCGUUCAUCGAAGCCGAUUCGUUCGACGCGGUGGCCGAGGACUCUUGGGCGAUUUGA